AUGAAGGAGAGAAGAGCGAGCCAGAAAUUAUCCAGCAAAUCUAUCAUGGAUCCUAACCAGAACGUGAAGUGUAAAAUUGUGGUGGUUGGUGAUAGCCAAUGUGGGAAAACAGCUCUUCUCCAUGUCUUUGCUAAGGACUGCUUCCCAGAGAAUUAUGUCCCUACAGUAUUUGAAAAUUACACGGCCAGUUUUGAAAUUGACACACAAAGAAUAGAGCUGAGUCUGUGGGACACCUCGGGGUCUCCUUAUUAUGACAAUGUCCGCCCGCUUUCCUAUCCAGAUUCCGAUGCUGUCUUGAUUUGUUUUGACAUCAGUCGGCCAGAAACCCUUGACAGUGUGCUAAAAAAGUGGAAAGGUGAAAUUCAGGAAUUUUGUCCUAACACCAAAAUGCUUCUGGUGGGUUGCAAGUCUGAUCUGCGCACAGAUGUGAGCACAUUAGUGGAGCUUUCCAAUCACAGGCAGACACCAGUAUCAUAUGAUCAGGGUACAAAUAUGGCCAAACAGAUUGGAGCAGCCACUUACAUUGAAUGCUCAGCCUUACAGUCAGAGAACAGUGUAAGAGACAUUUUUCAUGUUGCCACGUUGGCAUGUGUAAACAAAACAAACAAAAAUGUUAAGCGGAACAAAUCACAGAGGGCAACAAAGCGAAUUUCACACAUGCCUGGCAGGCCAGAACUAUCUACAGUUGCUACAGAUUUGCGAAAGGACAAAGCAAAGAGCUGCACAGUGAUGUGA